UCUUGUCUCUUUAACUAACUCCGACACAACCAAAGCAGUGAAUCGUGGCAUUAAACGUCGUUAUUAUCAAUGGCUCUUGUAGAAGAACCCAUCCUUUCAAGAUUGGAUCGUAUUGAUUUCAUGGUGAGGAAGCUAGAGGAGAUGAAAGGAAGCUCACCGAGAAGCUCGAGCCCAUCGACUCCAUCGAGUGGGACUCGGCCAUCGUCACUGGAUCUGUCGUCGCCGAGGAGCACAGGGAAGCUUCAGUCCCGUUCGAUGGAGCAAGUGAUGGAGGAGACUGAGCGUAAAGGUACUUUGCUAGAGAGACUAAACAAUGUGGAGGAGCAAGUUCUUAAGCUGUGUUCACAGUUUGAGGAAGAGGUUGAAGAAGAGAGAAAGAAAGAGGAGAAUUCGACGGAUAAGAAUAAGAAGACCAAGAAGAAGAAAGGAUUGAGGAAGCUGGUUGAUAAAGUUGUUGGAUCUUCUUCUCCGACUAAUAUCCACUCCAAGAGCUGGCGUUGCUGAGCUAUUUUUACUAUGUUCCCUCGUCACCGAUGAUGUAUAAUUCGACUAUGUUUAUUCUUCUUUUUUUUUGAUGGUGGUGUUUUUUUUUGUCGUUCUUUAUGGCUUGAGUUCGAUUGUUUGUUUCAAGAAAAAGAAUUUGAUAAAUAUCAAUAAUCGAUGUAAACAAAAUCGUAGAAUCUGUUCAUUUCUAUGAUAAUGUAUGGUGU